GAUAUUAUUCACAAUAAAUGCAUGAACUCAUGGAUGCAUUAUUCUUUGCAGCAAUUGCUAACCACUUGCUUCCUACCACCAGGUACCUCUUCAGGUCGGGAGCAUGUGUUACUCCUCCAAAGUGGUGAGUUAAUAACAUAAAUAAUACUUUUAUAAUAAACUGUUCAUUAUAGUGGUUGUAUAUGACAAACAGAUGAUGAAUUGUCACACUGUAUUUCUGAUAGAAAUGUAACAUGUUUUAUAUUUCUACCCAUAGCCUACCACAAAGUUGUUUAUUGAUGGGAAGUUUGUUGAAUCCAAUACUUCAGAAUGGUUAGAUAUUCACAAUCUGGUAAGUAACUAGGUCUAAAAGAGCUCCGAUAUCGUAUUCUAAAUUGUAUUAGAUAUCUUAUUUUUUUCAUUCAAUGUAACAUAGUAUGUCACAAUGCACAAACAAGACCUUGGAUGGGUCUGCCGCUGCACUUUGCAGUAAGGUGAAGCUACAAAGUCUGCUUAGCCGGUUAACCAGUUACGUGGGUUUUGACUUUCAGCAUAUUAUGUUUAGUUGCUGCACAAAGUUGUCAAGUUUUCAGCAAUGACAAGGUUCGGCCUUCUUUUGCUUUCAGUUUGAUUAUCAUAGAGGUUUAGAAUGACUCUUGAGAGCAUUACUCUCAAAAAAAAUUCUCUAGAUGGCCAUCUCUUUGAUGAAAUGGCACCAUAUGAUGGUUUUGUCAGUUGUCAGAUCAUAAUGUGUUGAAGUUAUCUGCUCAAGCUAAGCACACAGCUCAUACCAAUCAAAUAUUUUUGUUUUAUAAUCAGAUUGCAGUUCACCCACUAAUGUAUUCUUCCCUCUGACUGUCACAGGCCACCAAUGAGGUGAUGGCUUGUGUCUCCAAGGCUACACAGGAUGAGAUGCUGGCUGCUGUGGACUCCUGCUCAAACUCCUACCGCCCCUGGUCUGAAACCUCAAUUCUGUCUCGCCAACAGAUCUUUCUGCGCUAUCAGCAGCUUAUUAGGGACAAUGUUGUAAGUCUGUAACACCUCAGGGACAAGAACCUGUUCUGAAGUACAUAUGGUACAAUACUGCUAGAAGGGAAGGUAAAAUCUCAUCAACCACUCUUCAUUGCACGUUCAGCAACAUUAACUUGUCACAUAGUUUUUUUCUGUCAUAUUAUGGGGUUUAAACACUACCCCUGCAUGCCCCAUCAUUUGAACCUUUUAUACCCCACAUAUUCAGUAUGCCCCUAUACAAUUGGUUUACCCUUACUGUUGCUCGGGUUGACUUUAAUGUGAGUUACUCAUUUUAAAUGAGGAAACUGAUUUGUUGUGUGUGUUGGCUCAUGGUGUGUCUUGUUACAGAAAGAGCUUGCCAGGAGCAUUAAUCUGGAGCAGGGCAAGACCCUGGCAGAUGCAGAAGGGGAUGUGUUCAGAGGAUUGCGUAAGUCUGAUGUGCACCAGCCUUUCCAAAGGGCAACAUUUGGAGAUAUGGUCUAUAAGCUUCUGUGGAUACUUGUGGUGCAGCCAAGGAAAUGAUUAAUCUGUACAUUAUUUCAAUGUCUAGGUCACUAGUGUAAAGAGCUCUUUGGUCUAUCACUUGUGACAGUCUCCAUAUUAGGGAUAGUCACACACACAUUCUGUGACUGACCCAGCUCUUCUCUCUGUCUCUGAAUAACACCCACUUCCCUCCAGAGGUGGUGGAGCACACAUGCAGCAUUACCUCCCUGAUGCUGGGGGAGACCCUGCCCUCCAUCACCAAAGACAUGGACACCUACACCUUCCGCUGCCGGGGUGUGUGCCGACAUCGCCCCCUUCAACUUCCCCGCCAUGAUCCCUCUGUGGAUGUUCCCCAUGGGCAUGGUGUGUGGCAACACCUACCUGCUGAAUCCCUCAGAGCGGGUGCCAGCCUGCACCAUGCUCCUGGCCAAGAUGCUGCAGGACGCUGGGAUGCCAGAUGGGACCCUGAACAUCAUCCUUGGCCAGCACGAUGGUAAGAGAAUAGCUACAUGCCCCAUCACCUACUGUUCUCUGAGAUAUAUCUGGAGGCAUUACUAAUGUAAUGUGAAUCAUUCAAUUUGUCUCUAUGCUUUGAUGUAGUUGUUGUAUUACAAAGUGGAGAGAUUAUGAAGAGAUUAUGGCUGGCCUGUCAGUGCUCUAUCUAAAAUAAGUCCCUGUCUUUCCCAGCUGUCAACCUUAUCUGUGAUCAUCCAGCCAUCAAGGUCAUCAUCUUUGUGGUCUCCAACCAAGCUGGAGAGUACGUCCAUGAGAGGGGAUCCGAAAACGGCAAGAGAGUACAGUCCAACGUGGUGAGUCUGACAUACAUAUGUUGUUUCCAGAAAUGAACAGAGGGUGGCGGUGUUAGCUUAGAAAUGGUUGUUUAAGGUUGUCCUCUCUGCUCCUCUUCUCCAACGUGGCUGUACAGAUGGAACAGCCAUUCAGAGCCAGACACCCAGUUACACACUUUGUGGAAAUUAGUCUUAUCUUAUUUAACACAAUUAUUAUCUUCAAAUAAAAUGCACUGACGUAAUGUAAAGCACUUACAAUAGUGUACUUUUUGUUUGCUCACUAAAGUUCUUAUAAGAGGAACUUUCGAGACCACCUCUGAUCGAAUCUACAUUCAACCACAUUGAAGGCAUGAUGGAAUGGGCUUUUACUUGAAUUGGAUCACUUUCCCUGGUAUUCAGGUCAAGGAGGCUAAACAUUUCCCCCUUAUGCUCUACUGUAGGGAGCAAAGAACCAUGGUGUGGUGACGCCUGAUGCCAAUAAGGAGAACACUCUGAACCAGCUGGUGGGUGCGGCAUUCGGGGCAGCAGGACAGCGCUGCAUGGCUCUCUCCACGGCCAUCCUGGUGGGCGAGGCCCGCAGCUGGCUGCCUGAACUGGUGGAACGUGCCAAGGCUCUGUGCGUUAACGCAGGAACCCACCCUCUCACCCUGCCCGCACCUCCCACCCUAUCCAGCCCUCAGGGGGCCUCUGCUUACUCCUCUUAAGGCCACCCACUGUUUCGCCUCUUUGCUGUACCAUAACUUCAGAUGGGGCUGAGCUGGGAGAGAGGGGUUGUUGAGUCACUCAUGCUGCAAACUUGCGGUGACAUUUGCGGCCGACGCUUAAGAGUAGCUCAGAGCAUCAAGUCUUUGCGAAAGGAAGUUGAUGGGGAGAAGAAUGAAUGAUUCCCCUUAUUUGCAAUGAUAUACUCUCUAAUUUGUGUAGCUGCAUUUAAACAGCCAUUUUAGAGGGAGUGCCUCUGGGUGGCCCUGGCUGAGCUUUUGAGUGUUUGUGUGUGGGUGAAGGGGUAUUUGUGUGUGGCUGUGAGGGAGAGUUCUCACUGCGGGUUAUUUAUUGGGAACCCUCUCAGGGGACCAGGCGGGUGUGGACGUGGGUCCCCUGAUCUCCCCUCAGGCCAAGGAGAGGGUCAACAGCCUGAUCUAGAGUGGGGUGGAUGAGGGAGCCCAGCUGCUGCUCGACGGCAGGAACCUCAAAGUCCAGGGCUAUGAGAAUGGCAACUUUGUGGGACCAACCAUCAUUGGCAAUGUCACAGUAAAUUUGUGUGUGCUUGCAGAUGACAAGCUGUACUGCCAAAAAUGAUGUUCAUUUAUGUGCAUAUCCUUUUUGUAUCUUAGCCCUAGAUGAAGUGCUAAACUGAGGAGAUCUUUGGGCCUGUUCUGGUUGUCCUGGAGGCUGAAUCCUUGGAUGAUGCCAUCAGGCUUGUCAACAAUAACCCCUAUGGCAAUGGCACAGCUAUCUUCACCACAAACGGAGCCAUAGCACGCAAAUACACUCACGAGGUGGACGUAGGCCAGGUGAGUGGCUGUGGACCCCUGUGUGUCCCCAUAUGUCCUGGGAGAAUGGAGGCAUUCAUAUCCCUCUGCCAUGUCUAUACCUUAAACAAGGAGGACAUCACACCUCUGUUCUAAAAUAUACACUCAACAAUCAUUAUUUUCCAUGGAAAGUAUAGCCUUGUUUGCUUCUGCUCUAAAACCAACGCUUCUUCCCUCCCACCACCUAGCCCCAUGUGGACAACAAAUAGCUAUAGCAAAUAUGUGCCUUUUUAAUCAAAACAGUGGGAUAUAGAAAUACAUUUUCUGGUAGGAUUAUAGGAGAGAAUCUUAAAUUAAACUCAAAAGGGAUUCCUUAGGACCUGUUAAAUAUUUAAAGCAUAAAUAUGGCCUGACUUUACCCUAUUUGUUUGCGGGCCUCAGCUAUGCCCUGUGUUUGCUCUUCACAUGUCGGAGGACAGCGUAUAGGGCAGGCCAUGUGCUGUAAUCGCCUCCAAACCUGGCUGUAACAAAACCCUCCUUAUGUUUAUUUCGCUCCCUCAGGUAAAAGGCUUGACUCUGGUGUCCAAAAUUGCUCCUUCUUUUUCAAACAUUCUCGAUGAACCAUGAGUUUCCAGUGGCCUCAAAAACAAAAUGUUUUGUUUAGUUCUUCUGUCCAUGCAACUUUUUCAACACUGCACAAGCAAUGGUUUUCGGUUUGUUGUGACUCAUUUCAUGCAUUUAGUACACCUUCCUCUCCCAGAGUUACUCAUCCAGUUGCUCUGAUCCUAUUUGAGUCAACAGCUUGCAUUUCCAGUGCAGUAAUGGAAGUUUGUGUUUUGCAGAUUGGGGUAAAUGUUCCCAUCCCUGUUCCUCUGCCCAUGUUCUCCUUCACUGGCUCACGAGGCUCCUUCAGAGGAGACACCAACUUCUAUGGCAAACAAGUCAGUAUCAGUUGACAUAAGGUAUCAAGGGGUUUCAAGACAUACAGAAGUUAGUAUGACAGGUCCUAAUACGGGGUUGUAGUGCUGGGCGAUUUCCACAUGAAGGUUGGAGUUUCUGUGGCUGACUGGUGACGUAAACCACUCGGUGUCUUAACUGAUCAAAGCCAACUAUCUUCAGUCCAGAUUUUCAGCUUUGUUUCAUGUUCUCAGUUAUGUAAUACGGUCAUGAUGCCACACAUAGUUACAGAGCAGCCUAUUAUAGAUGUCUUCUCUGCUUUCUACAGGGCAUCCAGUUUUGCACACAGAUCAAAACUGUUACUUCACAAUGGAAGGCAGAAGACGCUACUGUGAACUCUUUCAGUUUCCAUGCCAACCAUGGGACGCUAACUGGUCUGGAGGGAAAAUUUUCCCACUUCCCUGUCUUUUGUGAUGCAAAAUGUCAAAACUACUGUGCAGUCCAGUCGCCAUUAGUUGCUAAUUACCCACAGACGUGCUUUUUUUCUCCAAUGGUAUCUCAAGAUUAAUUCACGCACUAUGGAGAAAUAGUUUGGCUUCACCGUUGAAUGACGUUUCCCUUGUUCUAUGCAAGUUUCUACUAAUUAUGUGUAUAUUAGGCUAGCAACUCCCACAGGUUCACAGAUCAUGACUAUCUAUGUUACGUUUUUGGUAAUAAUGCAAAGUAACUGUAGCAGCUAAAACAUUGUGAAGUACUUGCAUAGCUUUUCUUCUAUGCAACAUCAGUGUUAAAAAUAUACUGCCUCACCAUCGUUAUGAUAUUGAUGAAUGU